UUAUUAUUAAUCAUGGAUCCCGACGAGCUGAAUGACCUGAGGCUUCAGUUCCAAGCUCUGCAGCAGCAGCAGGAGAAAAGAAAACUGGGAUGGAUAAAGAAGAAAGCUCCAAAUAAGCCUGAUGCUGGUGGAGAGGAUUUGAAUCUAUUGCAGCAAGGCUUUCAGGCAGAAAUCCAGCCUGGAAAUGACAAAUCACGACAGCAUGAAAUUGAGAAUUUGCAAGACCAGCUGAGACGCCUGCAGGGCGAAAACGAGCGGCUCCUCCAGCUCGUGAGCGAGAAGGAUUCCAAAAUUAAAAACCUGAAGAAUCAAAAAGAGGUCGAACGGGAGAGCUUGGCAGUGUUGGGCCAGCCGAGCUUGUCUGGGGACGUGGCGGCCGCCAAGAUCGUCGAACUGUCCAAGAAGGUCAGAGAGCUCACGGCUGAGGUCGAGCAGGAGAAGAUGAAGUCAAAGCAGAGCGGCAACAGAAUCAAAGGGCUUGAGAAAGAGCUGCAGUCUGCUUUGGUGCACUGUCCACCUGAGAAACAUGCAAAGUCACAGAAGGAGAAGGAAUUAUCUGAAGACUGUGAGGAAAACCCACUAGUGAAAUCCCUGCAGGAAAAAUUAGCCGCCGCCCAGCUCAAAGUGACUGAAUAUCGCAACCAGCUUCAAUCGGUCAAACAGGAACUGAAAGUAGCUCAGAAGGUUUUGAUCAGUGAGGUUGGAGAGGGUGUCAACAUGCAGCAGUUACUCAACAGCCCAACAAGCUUCAGAGGUCGCUCACAACAGAUACUGGCUCUGCAGACGAGGGUGCGGGACCUUGAGCAGCAACUGAACCACUCUGGAAAGAGGAAACAGUCCUGUGUUGAGGACAGGAACCUCAUCCACAUCCGCACCAUGGAGGAAAAGAAGAAGGAGGUGCUGGAGAGGAUCCAAGCGGACCAUGCAGCCCUGCAGAAAAACCACGAGGAUCUGAAGAAGAAGCUGGAGGCCUCGAAAGCCAGGAAUAAAUCUCUGAAUGACGAAAUCAAAAUCCUCAAGGUCCAGAUCUCCACCUUGCUGGACAAGAACAAACACGACGACGAGCUUGUCGACUCUCUGCUGAAGCAACAGACCCAGAUGCAGGAGGUGCUGAAACAGUUCAGCCAGCAGCACAGUGAUCAGGACACGGAGAGACAGCAGCUGAUCAAAGAGGCCGCAGAGAACAACACUCUGAUCCAGAAGCUGAUGCAGACGGCGGCUGAGAAGGAGACGCAGAAUAAAGAGCUGAGGGAGGAGAUUCGACAGCUCGCCAUCAGCCAUCUUUUACAGGAAGAGGGAAUGGGAGAGACAAACAACAGCUCCAGUUUCUCCUCAGAGCUGCAGGUCACUGAUCCUGGAGAAGCAGCUGGAGAGAAUCCCUCCUCAUCAUCGAGUGAAGAAGAAGACAUGAUGUUCCUCCACACACAACCCGACUAGAGAUGGAAGUGAACAAUGAUGGGAAAUUACAACUUCUUUGACACACUUUUGAUGACACUUUUUUCUCUGUUCAUGUUUAAACAUAAA